AUGUGUAUAGCAGGUACAGUUGAGAUCUUUCGUCAAAAAAGAUGUGAUACAUUACCAACUAUUCCACAAACUAUUGGCAAAACAAAUUAUACAGCUGCUGAUAUGUCUAUAUUUUAUCAAUUUCCACAAUAUAUUGCUAUUGGUCUUUCAGAAGUAUUUGCUUCAGUUGCUAGUCUUGAAUUUGCUUAUAUAGCUGCACCACAAUCAGCUCAAUCACUGAUAAUGAGUCUUCGAUUUUGUUCAGCUGGUCUUUCAUCAUUUUUUGGUUCUGCUUAUGUUGGUAUAUUUGUAAAAGUUAAAGAAAAUCUCACUUUUGAUAAUUCAGAAUGUAAAGCUCGAGAUCAACCUGAAUUAUUUUUUAUCUAUUUCUUUGUUCUUGCUGGCUUUCAAUUCGUCUUCCUGUUAAUAUUUCUUGGUUGUGAUAUAAAAUUCAAAAUACUCAAAAUAUCAAAACAAAGAUUUAAUACACGAUUAUUUGUAGCACCAAAUUCUCGUUCAUCAAGUACUUGA